AUGGCGUCUCCACCGGCAGCAGCAGCAGACGGAACUCGGCAGCCGCGGGCCAAGUACAGCCGCAGCCAGCUGGACAGGCUGGAAGACGUGUUCCGCCACCAGCAGUUCAUCGACGCUCAGCAGACUCUGCUACUCGCCAGCGAACUGGGCAUCUCCGCCAAGCAGACCAGGACGUGGUUCCAGAACAAGCGUGCCAUGCUCCGGCGGCGAGCAAUCAAGGUUAUCGGUGACAGCUACGUGCCCAACCUACAGCUACCGGCAGGGCGCCCCAACACGUACCCGUCACCAUUGGCUUCCCCACGAGACACGGGGGACAGCCGCCAGUCGGCAUCGCCCGCGGUUGUGCCACCUGCGACCACGGUCGUCUCUCCCGGAUUCCAGGUGCAGUCACAGACUCUCGCGGCCCAACCGCAGCAGACCCAACCGCAGCAGAGCCUGCCAUCGCUCGGUUCUUUUCCCACGGGGCACGGCUUCCUCGCGAUUCCGCAGCUACGAUGGGACGGCAGAGUGUAA